UCCUCUUCAGCAGAGCAACAGGGACCAACUCAUCUGAACUGGCCAGGUGUGACAUCUUUGAAGCACCAUGCCAGCCUUUGGUUGCACCAGCUGCUGACUGAGCCCAUGCUGUGACCCAGACAGAAAGCCUCUGCAGCAAUCCUGCCUACUCCAGUCCAUAGAUUCAUUGCAUACUGGUGCAGCGUGUUUUCUAGUCCAUCCAGGGCCUAGGACUGUGUGGAUGAGCUAUGAUCCUGGCUGCCUCUUCUCCAUCACCAGGGCCCAUGGAAGCCCUCUACUCUGCCCUUGAAGAAGAGAUCAGCGCCUUCACGAGGCAUGUACAGCAGUGCCAGCAGGGCUUCAACCUGCGCAGCCUGUACCAUGUGCUGCUGGUUGUGCUGCCACAGAGCCCAUCAGGGCAGGUGGAGAGCUGGCACCACCUGCAGAAGCUUGUCCAGGGCCAGCCUGGUGCAGCCAGCUCUGACGUGGCCAACUACGUGGGCUGGCUGGCCUCCUACCUGCACCACCUGAGCAUGCUGAAGGAGAGGUUUGAUGCCAGAGUGGUGGUCCCACUCUGUGAGAACUUGUACAUGCAUGAGCAGCCAGCUGCCUGCCCUGCAUCCAUCCCGUGCCUGGCCACACAGCUCUUCACCCACCGGCGUAACUGGGGGCUGCUGCUGCAGGGUGGGCCCCUCACUGAGCAGGUCUUCAGCCCCCAGAGCCUGCGUGACCUGCGUGGCUUUGAUGGUGUGGGGCCCUUUGUGAAGGUCUUGCGGCUGAUCCCCGAUGUCUUUCACCAGAGCUUGGCCACAGCGAAACUUGCCCAGCAGUGGGUCCAUCUCCAUCGCAGCAGGUACAGCCUCUCCUUGCCACCAUCACCAUCACUAUCACUGCCACAGCAGCCACCAGUGCCGGGUAGAGGAGGGCUGGCUCCCAGCAGCGUGCAGCCCCCACUGCGCAGCAGGGUUCCCCAGCACCUGGGGGGCUUGCCCAACCUCUUGGUCCCACUGCAGUCUUUGGGGGCAGGCAACAGCACCAGGGUGCUGCAAGCCCGGCUGCGGGAGAGCCAGGAGGAGCUGCUGGCCCUGUUGCACUGCAGGGACCGGGCACCUGCCCUGCGUGCCCAGGUCUGCCAUGUCACCCAGCGCAUCCGUGUCCUGCGCCUGCAGCAGCAGGGCAAGGUGACAGAGCGGUCCCGGCCCCAGCAGAGACAGCAUACGAGAGGUCACCGGCACCAGGCUGCCCUGGCUGAGGAGCUGCAGAAGAACCUGGAGGUGGAGGAGUACCAUCACAGCAUCCUGGAGGCCGACUGGCUGCUGGAGCUGGAGGUCAGGCCCAUUCUCAUCCGGAGGAUUGAUGAGGUUCAGCAGCACUGCCGGGAUCUGGAGAGGAUGCUGCGAGGCCAAGUACUACCCACCCCACAGCGGGCCCAGCUCAGAAAUGAGAUGGCCACCACCCUUGUGCCCAGGCAGGCUCAGCCCUCUGACAAGAGCCCCAUGGCAGUGGCCAGCCCCAGGAGCAGACAGAGACCGUGACCACAGGAGGUGGUACCACCACCUACUCCCAGCAGCAGCAGCACUCAGAAGAGCUCAACUGAGGGACAUCCAACCCAUCACCACAUGGGCUGCAGGCAGCCAGCAGCUCAUGAGAACCUGGCUUGGCUCCUGCUUGGGAAGAAAACAUGGAGGGAACGUGUGCUUCAAUGAGAUCUUUCCUCCAUGCUCAGCCCAUAGCCAUGCUGUUUGGCGUGUAGCUACAGGCUAGAUAAGGAGAUGGGCAGCAAAUGCUGCUCAGCACACAGGCACACGCAUGCAUGUGUGAAUGGAUGCAAGCAGGCAUGUUACAUGUUUCUGGUUAAAUACGGGUCUCAGCCUCCCAUUUCCAGCAUCCAGCAUGG